AGCCCCGCGGCCCGGCCAUGGCUCACUCGGCGCCGCUCGGCCUCCUGGAGCAGGGCUGCCCCAUCCAGGUGGAACACGAUCGGAAGCGGCGGCAGUUCACCGUGCGGCUGAACGGUUGCCACGACCGAGCAGUGCUGCUCUAUGAAUACGUGGGGAAGCGCAUUGUGGACUUGCAGCACACCGAGGUGCCGGAUGCCUAUCGGGGAAGAGGGAUAGCCAAGCAUCUUGCAAAGGCAGCCCUGGACUUUGUGGUGGAGGAGGACCUGAAAGCUCACCUGACUUGCUGGUACAUUCAGAAAUACGUCAAGGAGAACCCGCUGCCGCAGUACCUGGAACACUUGCAGCCUUAAGACAGCUCUGCUCUGACACCAGCGCUCCUGUUCAACGCGGCCUUCGCUUCUCUGCGGUCUCAGGAAACCCCCUCCCACACUCACAAUUCCCUUUUUUUUUUUUUUUUUUUUUUAAAGUGUGUCUGUGUGGUGCACGAUCGUGGGCAUGACCUUCUCUUCCCUGCCCAUGUCUGAGCAUGACAGUGGCCACAGGCUGGGCUGGCUCUGGGCACAUGUGCCCCCUCAGCAUCCUUUGCCCCAAGCCAGGAGCUGGAAGAGGAUGAUUUUUCCCACUGAACUCCACGACAAAACCAGGGGAUGCAUCUGUACCUCAUCCUCUCUCCUCUGCUUGGCAACAGUUGUGAGCUUGCCAGGUGAUGUUGGUUAGGGGAGGUUGUAAGGUAUCAACCCCCUUCCUUCCUGCAGCUGGGAGAGAUGCUGUGGAUUAAACCUCAAGGACCAGAAGGAGGUGCUGGAGGAGCCCCAGCUCUGUGGGGUGCCAGUGAGACCAUGGAGGCUGUGGUGGUGCCACCAGGACUGGCUGCAGAGAUCUGACUGGGAUGCUGAGAUCUCUGUAUCUGGAGAAAGGAGCUGUGUGAGGAGUGGGUUUUUCCACUGCAGCAGAGCAUGCAGAGCAUGUGCACAAAGAGGAUGCAGUGCAGCUGGGUUGUGGAUGCUGCUCUCCGCAGGUGCCAGCUCCUGCUCAGCCUUCUAGACGUUGCCCCUCAUGGUUGUCAGCUGCCCUUCUGCUCCCUGCUGCAGCAGUCACAGCUUGCCCAGGAGAAAAGCACCCACAAGGGUGGCUUCCUACAGCUGAAGAGGAAGGCUCCUCCCAUCUCCCUCGGCUCCAGCCCUGCACUCAGCCUGUGCCCCAUACCCUGAGCUCCAAGCCAUCGUCGUAUCCUGAGAGCAACAGGGGUAAGACUGCUGGGAUCUGGUCCCCUCUCCAGGGCUCAAUGCUUGAUCUGCCAACUUGGCAUGGCUGCUAUUCACUGUUCCCUAUGGCCUUUGGGAAGCAGCUGUGCCAUAGGGCACUGCCUGCUUGCUCGCUACCCCCUUGCAGCUCUGAGCCUGAGUGCUGGCAGUGGGAUGGAACACCCUCACCAUGUACCAUUACCUCUGCAGAUGACAGCACAGCAUGGUGCAGCAUUGCUACUGUCAGACGUAGAGGUAAUAGUGUGAUGGCAGGAUGCUGCCUGGCUUCUGUUUACCCCUUCUCCUGCCUCACACAGGCUUUACUGGGCUAGACCUUCAGAGGUUUUCCCCCAGAGCUGUUGGGAUUUUGCAGUGCCCUGGGCUGGGCUGCAUGGGGACAGCUGUAAUAGGCUCAGCAAGCAGCCAGGCAGAAGUAGAUAAGGAGCCUUUCACCUUGAGGUCAGAUCCAAACCUAGUUUAUCUCUCAGCAGGGACUAAAGUUUACAAUCUGUGCCACAGACUGAAUGAAUCCUGGGCCGAGCAAUGGCUCAGCCCUUUCCCAGAGCCAGCGCAGAGUCCAUAGAGGCAACGGCAAAAGAUCUCAGUAAAACCUCUUGAGCUGUGUCCCUGCCCCAGUGCUGUGGGACCCCUGCUUGUCUGUACUGCACACUGUGGCAGAGACCUGUGCCUGGUUGCUGCCCCACUGCCAGCUCAUGCUGCUCAGGAAAGGCACUGGGUUCAGCCUACCCCACAUCUCUGCUCUUGCUGCCUAUUUCAGCCCAGCUGCAGCCUUUGGGAUGGCUUUGGCGGACUGGGAUAGGGUACAGAUAAUGAGCUAAAGAAGACAUCUUGGCUGCUAAAUGCUCACUCUUUAACUUGCAAAUACCCACUUACGCCUGGUUCCAGGAGCAAGGCUGGCUCUGCUAUAGCUAAGUGAUGACAGAACCAUCCUAAAGUGAAGCUGAGCCAUCUCCUGCAAGCCACGAUAAGAUGCCAUUGUAUCUGCUGCAGCAGGGCUGUGUGCUUGAAGAGAUCUGUGCCUAGUUGCCUCCUAGGAGCAGCAGUGCAAGUGCAGUGCUGCACUCAAUGCUGAUUUGGUUCUGGUUCCCACUGUGGCAGUUCCCAGAAGUUUCAGCUUCCCAGCGUGGCAUGGAGCCGUUCAUGCUGCUCCAGGAUCCCUGUGCUUCCUGGUGCUGGAUCACAAGCAGCAAUCGCUGCCUUAAAUCAGGCACAGCACUUGGUUUUGCUGCUGCUUCCCUCUGAGGUGCUACAAUUCCUCCAGUGUCUGACCUGACAGAGAUGUGCCAGGUUCUGUGCCAACUGUUUUUCUGCUGUACCCGUUCUCCUGUCCCAGCCCCACAGCGUUUGAUGUCAGCAAAUAGCAAUACCCACAGGUCACCAGCAAUGCUGCCAUCCCUUGUUCUCCCAUGAAGCACUCCCGGCUCACCCCUGCAGGAAGGAUCUUUCUGAGCCCUGGGCUGCCCCUUGGUGCUGACUGAGCCUGGAGGAAUGGGCAUCCUGGACUCUCUCCAGCAAUGGCAGCGUGGAAGUGGUUUGGUUGAACAGUGAGGUCCCCAAACACAUUUGAACUGCAGACUUCAGUGGGUGGGGAAAUACGUAUUGCUGUCAAACCUGCUUCCAUAUUGCCCAACUUGAAACACCCCCCUCCCUUCUCCACUUUCCAGAAUUGUCUUCCUCUGUCCAAGGUUUCCAUUCUGUUGAAUUCAGUGGUUACGAUGUGCCUUUCCUUCUCAGGACCUGUUACAAAUGACCUUUUUGCUUUUGUUUAUGUCUAACAUUUAUCUUUAUCCUUUCCUCUGUCAUACUAUAAAACACAAACAUAUUGCAUGGAUUACAAUAAAAAGUGUGGCUUA